AAGAUCGAACUUCUACCAGAUGUCGCUUGCAAGCACCGUCAGCUGAAAACAUUGCAUUUACAGAAGUCACUCGCCUCGUCCUACGCUUGGGGCUUCUCUCGCGUGCUUUUGAUCAUCUGUGGGGGGAAUCAGCCAACAUGUAUCAAGUCAGAUAAGAAUGUUGGGUGGACUAUAAGGCAUCAGGUGAGAUUGGUGAGGUCUUGCUGGUGGAUCCUGGACGGCUCGCACUCCCCUGCUGCCCCUGCGAUCCCAACAUGGAACAUAACACGAGAAGAUUUAGAUUAGAUGCAGAGAGGUUAUACAUCGGAUUGAAAGCAGCGUUCCGGAUAUUUGUCUGUACCCUGAAUAACUGCUACUGCAUCCCGGUUCAUAUGUGUUGGGUCCUUUUGCUCCAACCGCUAAAAUGGGUCUCAGUGACGACUUACUGGUUCCUGGAAGGCAUUAUGUUCCGAUGGCUAUUGUCCAUGGUGGCGAUGUGGUCCUACAGUGCUGGGUACAAUGUUGUAGAAGUUGGUGAUGAUGUGUGGGAUUUGAUAGAAGAACGAACACUGGUGCUGUUUAAUCACCAGUCCACUUCUGACGUGCCGCUCAUCAUGGCUGCCUUCAACUCCCGCCCUAAUCUGUCCAAUAACAUCAUGUGGAUCAUGGAUCAUGUAUUCAAGCUUACCAAUUUUGGUAUCGUGUCGUGGGCUCAUGGGGACUUCUUCAUUCAUGGGGGCAAACAGCACAGAGAAGCAUCACUGCUUGAACUGGGAUCACACUUACAGAAGUUUUAUAUCCCACGAAAGCGAAAGUGGUUGGUACUCUUCCCAGAAGGUGGAUUCCUCAAAAACCGAAAGGCAUCCAGCCAAAGUUACGCCAAGAAAAAUAACCUUCCAGUGUUGGAAAAUGUUGCUUUGCCUCGUGUUGGUGCCCUCAAAGUCAUAGUUGAUAAUGCAGCAGCAGAGCAGCAUACCGAUGAUUCUGAUAAGAUCAAGUAUCUACUAGAUGUCACUAUAGCAUACCCAGGUGGACGACCGCUGGACCUACCAACUAUUUUUGGAGGCUGGAGACCAGCGUGCGAUACAAUCUUCCAUUAUCGCAGAUAUAAUAUUGAAGAGAUUCCAAAAGAUGAGGAAACGUUGACUAAGUGGCUGUAUGAUCGUUAUGAAGAGAAAGAAGCUAUUCUCCAGGAAUAUUAUGACACUGGCAUCUUCCCAGAUGCUCACACUACACAUGACCCCAAGUUCGAACCAGUAGAGACAAACAGACUAACGGGGCAGAGAGUAGUUCACGAUACUCUGGAAUUUAUCCUGCGUCAUAUUUUCUAUAUUGUUUCCACGUGGAUUUGGAUGUCAUUUUUGUACUGGGUGUUCACUUCUAUAUGCCAGUUGGUGUGGUGAUUCGGCUCUGGUGGGCAGAACAUACCUUGCGCUGUACAGGAAAACGUGUAAUGACAGGUUCAAGUCUUGCAUCAGAAGAAAGAAAGAAUGACAAACAAAGAGGUUUUGUGAUUGAUUUUUUACAACUGUACUGAAAGUUAUUUGUGGACUACUUGUAUGCAAAUACAGCAUGACUUGAAGAGUGAGGUUGCAUAAUAAAUGGCAUAAUGAGUGACCCUGGAAUCUUUAAUGUAGGGUCAGUGUGAAGUUGUGAACAGUGUGAAAUGUAUCUUGUCACAGACAAAUGCAUGUAGAACAGAUGGUAUUAGAUAGUGAGAGAAUGUGCAGUGUAUUCUCAGUAGUCACAAAGUGAAUGAUAGAAAAAAUGAGCCCAUAUGAUGGAAAAAAAAUUCACACAAUGAUAGAAUGGGCGACAGCUUUUGUUUUUAAUAUAGAACAAGCACGUCACUAUCAUCAAGGAAUGCAUUUUUAUUUGUAUCUAGGUCAUUGUAGCUUUAAAUAUUUUUACACAUUCUGUACAAUGUACAAUGCUUUCCCACUGCAGAUAUGACCUUAAUGUGACAAUGCAGCAAUUACAGUGAUAAUGACAGUUGUAGUGAAUAAAAUCCUGGCCUUUUUGUAAGUAACUAAAGAGUCUAGCACUAACAUGGGCUUCAUAUACAUUUCUCUUGAUCAUAUCAUCAUUGAAGUCUUAGUGAAGCUUUUACUGCAGAUGCCAUUCCCAGAUUUAAUCUUUUAUCACACACUGUGUCAUAUUUGUUGUAUGCCUUAAUUCCAAGUGCAUGAGUGGUUGCUACAGAGCACAGGAAGAGCUGGUUCUCCUUGUGCUCUUCACUAUCUCUUAUGGAAGAGGGAACCUACGUAGUGCCAUCAGUGAGUGAGAGAUUUCGUUUGUAGAUAGAAACACUUUUGGAGGUAUUUCUAAUGUUGAUAUAAUUAUUUUCUUCAGGAUAUGUUAUUUUCAACAUUGUUUUAGUAUGUUAUUGUCAAUGUGUUGGUACUUAAUAUUAUUUUUAUGAUUAUUGAUAUUAGUAUCAUAUUUAUUUUAUUCAUUUAUUUGUUUUUUGUUCGUAUGAUUUUAUUAUCAUCAUUAUCUGUAUUAAUGUUAUCAUUGUUAUUCACAUUAUUGUAUUUAUUCUUAGUUAUUAUUAGCAUUUCCUCUUCUCAACACAACCUUUCUCUUUCUUUCCAUUACAGUCAGUUAUUGUAUAGCAUUGUAAUCAGUGCCAUCUUUAGCCAAUUUAAUACUGUCCUUUGGCUGCACUUGGCCAGUGUGACAUGAUUAGAAAUUGGGGAACAAUCCUUUUUUUGUUUUGUUUUGUUUUUUCCCCAUCUCCUAAAGAUUGUCGUAAUUUUUUUUUUUUUUAGUGGACGUGAAUAUUGCAACAUGAAAACCUCAUGAAUUAGUUCAUUAGCAAAUGCGCUUAUGUACAGAACAUGGAAAAAUGUAAUAAUGCUCCUCAUAGAGAAGGUAGUUGUAUCAUGGGUGAGUAAAUGCUGCUGAUAUUGAAGGAAUAUAUUUAUUGUAACAUAUUAUUGAAUAUUUUCUUUUAUUAUUAGGUUUACCAUUAUGAUGUGAUAUAGUUUGACACAAAAAAAUAUACAAGGGAAGAUAAUACUUUUCCAUUUUGAAAGGUCAUAGAAGAUAGAUCUUAUGCAGGGUAGAAAAUUCAGGUACUGUUGAUUUUUUUUUUUUCUUUUCUCUCAUUCUUUUCUCUUUUUGAAAAUAAAUUAAGCACAUUUGACAAUUUUGAGGAUAAUCGAGUGAUCAAGUAUAGGACAUGAUCGCCGUUCUGUUGUUGUCUAUUAUAGGUAGGAAGCACUAAUGAGCUUUUGGGGACAAACCUUAGCACAGUAAUGUUAUUGGAAAAAAAUAAUACGAGAGUGUGAGAAAAUUAAUCUAUACAAACAAAGCCCAGCAUUCACAGUGCGAUCACUCAGCAUUUGUGUGCUCCAUCAGAUAUGCAACAUCCUCAUUACAGUUGUGUCAUGUACAGGUAGGAUUUCUUGGUUUCUCUCUUACAGUUAGAAAGACGACCCACGACUCCAUUGCUUUAGUGGUAGAUGGUGAAGCCAAAAUACGAAACUAGUCACAAGUAUUAUGAGGGCAUUAAUUUCUCUUCUCACUUCCCCGCAUCUGCCAUUGCAUCCAAACCCUAUCUCACUCACAAUGCCGCAGUCUCAUUGGUACUUUGGGAAAUGAAGGUUGAUAGUUCCUGUGUGAUUGCAGUCAGUCAUUAAAUCAGUGCAUCAUAUUAUUGUCGUACGAACAAACUGCAUAUGUUUUAAGACCGUGUUAUCAUCAAGAUUUGAAGUAAAUGAGUUAGGUUAUUUUUAUGAGUUGUGUAAAUUUUUAUUUUUCAUUUCCUAGUCAACCAAAUACAUUUGAAAGAUGUAUAGUCGUGGCUUAUUAAUGGUCAGUAUUUUAGGUUGACAUGCUAUUUUAUUCCCAAACGAGAUUUACUAUACAAGUUUUACGGACUUUGACUCGUUAAGGAAAGAGGUCAGUAGAUUUUUACAAGUGUGUUCUCAGAUUUGAUAUUAUUUAUCUAAAGAAAGCAAAAUAAAACUUCAUUAUAUAUUUAUAUUAUAUAUAUAGUCUGUAGAAAUGUGUUUUUCUGAGAAUUAUAGUUUUUUAUGAACACAUUUUUAAAACUGAGAGAGUGAAGGUAUGAUUUAUCCCAAGGUUUCAGACUAUUUGUUCUCUUUUUUUUUGUUUUGUUUUAGCCUUUCUAUUCUAUUGCUAUGUUAUGUUUUUUUCUGCAUUGGUGUUUGCAGGUUUGGCUUGAAAGAAAAUGUUUUUUUUUACUGAAUAAUGAUUGUAUUUUAAGAGCUGUAUAUAUAUACUAUUAUUUUUAUCAUAUUUUUCAUUAGUAUUUUUAUGUUCAUUUUGUGAUUAUUAGAUAUUUCUGAAGCUUAAAUGAUGCAUAAUAAUGUAGAGUCUUUUCUUAAAUUAUUAUCUUUAAAAAAA